AUGCGUUGGUGUACUAUAAGGCACCUCUUCAGUAUAUCCACAGUAAUCCUUCUAGUCCGAGCAGGAUUAGAAUGUGAUCCAACUUCCAACAUCAAAAAGCCAGAUCCAGGAAAUCCUGAAUCCUAUUUAUACUGCAAUUUGGAAGGAUCUUUCUCUAAACGAAAAUGCGCUAGUGAUGACUUGUGUGGAGAGGGAAUCCCAUUAACAAUUCUGUCUGCACCGGUUACCUGCAAUCCUUCCAUCAGCAGCUGUCCAGAUGGAUACAGUUGUCAAUUUUACGAGCGCACCGGCUCUUCCUACUGUUGUCAGAACCCAACUCCAAUCGCCAAAAGUUCCCAUGACAAGAUUAAUUGCGGCGAAGGACGCGUUACAUACAUCGAGAUGGCUACUGGAAAACCACGUUCUUGUGUUCUCGACAGUGAUAACUCGUGUCCAACUGGAUUUGGAUGCACAUUGGUUGCCGGGACCACCACAAGAUGCUGCGCUAAAGAUAUGGGAUGUGCUAUCAACUCGGCUCCUCAACUAAGAGGAAGUAACCCAAUUGAAUGCUCGCCAACUGAUGGAAGUUCUUGUAAAGCAGGAUACGUUUGUAGCAAGAGCCAAUACUUGAACAAAUUCAUUUGCUGCUCAAAUCCGGAUGGUGAAAUUAUGGAGAUUUUCCCCUUUUUAGGAUCAUGUCCUGGAGGUGAAACGCCACUUGAAAACAUCCAAUGUUCUGCCACCAAGCCAUGCCCCAACGGAUUUUCUUGCAAUGACAAAAAAUGCUGCCCAUACGCUAGCGUCUGUCCAGCAGGUGCUCCAUUGAACAACGGGCCAAUGAAAUGCUCCGAGAAUGCACCAUGCCCAGAGGGCCACUCUUGUAUCAGUAACGCUGGAAUUCAAUACUGCUGCCCUGCCAAAGAGAAAGUUUGCUCCCUUCCAAGAAACGGUGGUGUUCAAUGUGCAUCGACAAUGAAAUCCUCAACACGUUACUACUUCGAUAUCGCUACUGCCACAUGCCGUUCUUUCAAAUUCACCCAAUGCGGAGGAAAUGCCAAUAACUUUGGAUCACUUGAAGAGUGCGAGGGAUUCUGUGUUGACACUCAGUGCCCCAACGGUCAAGCGCAUCGAGUUGGCGCAGUGAAUGCGAACUGUGCGCUUGCACAAGCGGACACUUGCCCAAAUCAGCACUUUUGCCAACUUCCGCUAUUUGGACCGAGCCCUAUUUGCUGCCCAACACCGGAAUUGACGUGCAACGAAAUGGUGUCCGCGGGGACUCCGUGCUUUGGGAGAGGAUUGACUAUUCAAAGAUAUUACUUCAAUCCUUCUACUCAAAAAUGCCAACCAUUCCACUACUACGGAUGUAACGGAAACGGAAACAAUUUCGAGACCAUUGACCAAUGCCAGAAUUUCUGCCUUCACAGUGCUGAUAAUGCUUGCGACGGUCUUGUUCCUCUUAAAAACCCAAACAGUGAGCUCCAAAGAUGCAGUGAAGAAGACCCAUGUCCUGCUGGAUACGAAUGCAACGAUUCCGCUUUCUGUUGUCCUACUUCUGAAAACGCCUGUAACGCAAAUAUGUCAAGAGGAAACGGAGCAAGGGAUCCACUCAACGAAGCAUGUGGUUUUAUGAUAAGUCGAAGAAGAAGUGCUCCCAAUUUAUUCACCAACAAAAUUGCUUGCACCGAGUCUUGCGUCCAAUCCAGUGCUUUCGGUCUCUGCCCACGCGGAAUGAAUCCGUUCACAGAAGAAGGAGAGAUCACUCCUAAAACUUGCACAUUGAAUGUUAGAGCCACUUGUCCUAGUGGAGCAUCUUGUGUUAAGUCUUCCACAAAUCAGCCAAUCUGCUGUAAAGCGGUAACUGCUUGUCCAAACAACCGUAUUCCAUAUAACAUCCCUGGAACCAAUUCAGUCGUUGCCUGUAGCAUCGAACGAGACGAUUGUCCAGAAGACUUCCAAUGCCUCGAAUCUGCAACCGCUCCAGGAUUCCACAUGUGCUGCUCAGGACCACUUCCUUCUUCCCAACGACCAGUCCGCCCGCUACCACCACCACCAGCUCAUAAAACGAGAAGACCUUUCGAGCCAGACAGUUUUGCUGAGCUUCUCUCCAAUAUUUCUCCAUGCCCACCACAACUCCUCAGCAGUGGACAAUCCUGCACAGUCAACCAGAUUGGCGACUGCCCAAAAAACCAUAUAUGCUUCAGAGAUGUCGGAUUCAAGCAAGGAUCGUGCUGCAGAACCACUCCACCGAAGUGUAGUCAAAAGGGUUACGUUCCAAUUUUCCUCGACAAAACUCAAGUUCAAGUUUGCCAAGUGGAUAUUGACGGAUGUCCAGAAGAUUCCAAAUGUAUGACAUCGAGUGUGGCGAAACUCGCCAUCUGCUGCCAAAAAUAUCAGCCACCAAGCCCGAACAACCGUCCAACGAACAACAAUAACCGUGGAGUCAAUCAAGGAUCAGCCACAAACAACAACCACAACAACAACAAAGAAGCAAUGUGUGCAAACGGCGAGACACCGUUCCGUGGUCUAGACAACAAAUUCCAAGAGUGCAACUUUGUGCACAACACUUGCCCAUCGGGAUACCAAUGCGAGUUUUCUUCUACAGGUCAAGCUGUCUGCUGCACGAACAGCAAUGUGAUCAGAUGUCCAGCAGGUUCUUCGGUGUUUGAGUACGGAGGAAGACCAUUGGCGUGCCCAGCUGGAAGCAACAAGUGUCCACAGGGAUAUAGCUGUAUGCCAUCCACAAAUCCUCAACACCAUCUCUGCUGCUCUUCUGGUACUGGAAUGGGAAUGUCUCAACCUCAAUGCCUUCGUGGUGUUGCCUACGUGAAUCCUGCCACCAAUCAAAGACAAUUCUGUUCUCCAAUGCGUGCUGACUGUCCAGCUGGCUACACUUGCUUCGAAUCUGACCAAUCUUCUCAAUUCAUCUGCUGCACCCAUGGAGAUCUCAGCGACAGAUUUCAAGGAUUCUGUCCACCCCGCCAGAUUCCAUAUAUCUCAAGAGACGGAUUCCCUCCAACUUGUCACAUGCAACUCUCUCCAUGCCCAACUACAGCACCAUAUGUAUGUAUCUAUUCUCCAGAAAAGCAAGACUCUUACUGUUGCGCUCCAAUUGACACCGCAGUUCAUGUUGUGAACCCUGAUAGAGGCUACGCAUCGCCAGCAAAAAAUGUGGACCUUCUCGAAACCCCAGAACAACCAUCCUCGAAUUUUCCAGGAAUGACACAAACAUUCCUUGGAGGACCAAUUGCACCAGGAAUGGGACCUGUGGCCAUGCCAGAUCCAAUUCCAGGAGUUGAUAACGCCAGAAUCUUGCCACCAGCACUAGCUCAAGCCGAGAUGGAGAAAAAGAUUCGUGAGCAAUUCGCAAAUAAACAGAAUCAAAACUCGGAGAACAAUUUUGGAAACUUUGACAACAACAAUGGAAAUCAUAAUGGAGAGAAUAAUAAUUUUGGAAACAAUGGAAAUAACAACUUCAACUUGGGAUCCGGUGUUGCCUUUAACAACCAGGCAUCUCAAAGUGGAUGUCCUCUUGGAUCGCGCCCACUGAUCGGAUUCAACCAACAAAUCACCGAAUGCUCCCAGCAACCAUGUCCAGACGGUUUCUCAUGUGUCUUUGCUGAAAAGGACAACAGGUUCCAGUGUUGCUCAUCAGUUUCUAUCAUGCUAGCUGUUAACAAGCCUGUUAACAAACAAACAACACCAUCUCCCAAUGGUCAAAUUGAGUGUCCGCCAGGAUUCUUCAAUAUGGAUGGAAAGUGUCUUAAGAUCCUCUUUGCUGGACAAAAGGGUUGUAUCUCGGAUGAGCAAUGUAGUGCUCGUGAAGCAAACUCCACAUGUGACAACGGUUACUGUAUCUGCCCAACUAGCAAACCACUGGUCCAUGGAGGAAAGUGUAUCGCCUCGUGUCCAGAGGGAUUCGCAAAUAUUGCUGGAAGAUGUUAUGACCCUACGACAGUUAUCUUCAUGGACUCUGUAGAUGAGAGAAAGAAUGGAACGAUAGGUGGCUAUUGCUUGGAGACCCUAAUUGAGGAAAAACGAUGCCUAGUGCAGAACAGUUACUGCUCAGAGAAGACAGUGACCUGUACUUGCCAGCUGGGUUACGAGUUGGAGAUGAAUUUCGAGGAUAAGGAUGACAAGGGAAUGUGCAAGAAGAAUAGUGACUCCAAAUACCAUGACUUGAAGGCAACGACAGCUUCUCCAUUUGACGAUGAGCUGUAUUUCAUUGAUAUCAGCUCAAUGAAUCACGAGAGCCCACUGAACGACACUGGUGUAGAGAAUGAGGACCUGAACAAGUACCUGUUCCAGUCCGACGAGAUGAUUCCAGUUUUCGCUUAA